GUAGAAAGGCCUACGUGAUGUCUACUCCACCCCCCUUCUGGUCCGAGUCCCCUGUGUCAACACCACCACCCCCGCUUCUGUCCUGUCCCUGUGUCAACACACCCCCCUUCAGUGUCCCGUCCCAUGUGUCUACCACCACUUUCAGGUGUCCGUCACCACUUUCGUCCCUGUGUCAACCCACCCCCCUUCUGUCCCGUCCUGUGUCUACACCACAUAUUUUCAUGGUCCCUCGUCCCUGUGUCAACACCACCCCCCUGGUCUGGUACCCGUCCCUGUGUCUACUCCACCCCCCUUCUGGUCCCGUCCCUGUGUCUACUCCACCCCCCUUCUGGUCCUGUCCCUGUGUCAACACCACCCUCCUUUCCGUCCUGUCCCUGUGUCAACACCACCCCCUUCACGAUGUCCCGUUCCCUGUGUCUUACACCACAUACUUUUCAGGUCCCGUCCCUGGGUCUACUCCCCCCCUUCUAGGUCCCGUCCCUGUGUCUACACCACAUUUUCAGUCCCGUCCCUGUGUCUACUCCACCCCACCUUCUUGGCCCUCCCUGUGUGCUACAUCCACCCCCCUUCUGGUCCCGUCCGUGUCUACACCACAUAUUUUCAGUCCCGUCCCUGUGUCUACUCCACCCCCCUUCUGGUCCUGUCCUGUGUCGAACACCACCCCCUUCAGGUCCCGUCCCUGUGUCUACCACCACUAUUUUCAGGUCCCGUCCCUGUGUCUACACACCCCCCUUCUGGUUCCCGUCCCAUGUGUCUACACCACCCCUUCAGGUCCCGUCCCUGUUGUCUACUCCACCCCCCUUCUGGUCCCGUCCCUGUGUCUACACACCCCUUCAGGUCGUCCCUGUGUCUACUCCACCCCCUUCUGGUCCCUUCCCUGUGAUCUACUCCACCCCCUUCUGGUCCGUCCCCUGUUCCCCCCCUCUGGUGUCCCUGUGUUUACUCCACCCCCCUUCUGGUCCCGUCCCUGUGUCUACUCACCCCCCUUCUGCGUCCCGUCCCUGUGUCUACUCCACCCCCCUUUGCGUCCCGUCCCUGUGUCUACCACCCCACUUUCAGUCCCGUCCGUGUGUCCCGUCCCUGUGUCUACUACCACCCCCUUCGUGUCCCGUCCCUGUGUCUACAUCCACCCCCCUUCUGGUCCUGUCCCUUGUGUUCACACCACCCCCCUUCUCGGUCCCGUCCCUGUGUCUACUCCACCCCCUUCUGGUCCCGUCCCGUGUCUACUCCACCCCCCUUCUGGUCCCGUCCCUGUGUCUACUCCACCCCCCUUCUGGUCCGUCCUGUCUGUCUACUCCACCCCCCUUCUGGUCCCGUCCCUGUGUCUACCCCCCCCUUCUGUCCCGUCCCUGUGUCUACAUGCCACAUAUUUUCAUGGUCCCGUCCCUGUGUCUACUCACCCCCGCUUCUGGUCCCGUCCUGUGUCUACUCCACCCCCCCUUCUGGUCCCGUCCCUGUGUCCCGUCCCUGUGUCUACUCCACCCCCUUCUGUCGUCCGUUCCCUGUCUGACUCCACCCCCCUUCUGUUCCGUCCCUGUGUCUACUCCACCCCCACUUUCUAG